AUGGCCGUAUCUAAUGAAUAUUCCUGGCUCAAGCGAAAUGGUUUGACCACCUCUAAAAUAUUGUUCUAUAUCUUCUUCUGGGCAAUCCAUAUCGGUGUUUUUGCGGUCGGAUGGUAUCUCCAAGCAAGUAGCUCGAAACUUGCUGGUCUUAAUGUCCUCAAGUACUCAGUCUGGAUCUCGAGAGGUGCAGGCCUUGUCCUCUCGAUUGAUGCGACAUUGAUCCUCCUGCCUAUGUGCAGGAAUGUCUUACGGUGGCUCAGACCGCAGAUCAGGUGGUUACCACUUGAUGAAUCGGCAUGGUUUCAUCGCCAGAUUGCCUAUGCUCUGCUGGUCUUUACCGCAAUUCACACGGCAGCACAUUACGUCAAUUUUUAUAACAUCGAAAAAAAUCAAGUUCGCCCCGAGCUGGCUGUUCAAAUCCAUUUCACACAGGCCGGCGGUAUUACAGGUCAUGUCAUGCUUUUAUGUAUGAUGCUGAUGUAUACCACUGCUCAUCACCGUAUUCGACAGCAAGCAUACGAAACAUUCUGGUACACGCAUCAUCUAUUCAUUCCGUUUACGCUGGCUCUCUAUACCCAUGCCACGGGGUGCUUCGUCCGAGAUACUGCCGAUCCCUACUCACCCUUCGCUGGCAAGGAGUUUUGGAAUCAUUGUCUGGGUUAUGAAGGAUGGAGAUGGGAGCUCGUAGCAGGAUCCUUGUAUCUCGUCGAGCGGCUCUAUCGUGAGAUUCGAUCCAGGCGCGAGACCACCAUUACCAAGGUUAUCCGCCAUCCAUAUGCUGCCAUGGAGAUCCAAUUCCGCAAGCCGAGCAUGAAAUACAAAGCCGGCCAAUGGAUUUUUAUCCAAGUCCCCGACGUCUCCAGCUCUCAGUGGCAUCCCUUCACCAUCACGUCCUGUCCGUUCGACCCCUACAUAAGCAUUCAUGUCCGCCAAGUCGGUGACUUCACCCGAGCACUCGGUGAUGCUCUAGGCUGCGGUCCCGCUCAGGCAAAGGAUCUUGAGGGUCUCGACCCUUUAGGCAUGUACGAAGUUGCACUUCAAAAUGGACAAAUGAUGCCCAAGCUUCGCAUCGAUGGGCCUUAUGGUGCACCUGCCGAAGACGUAUUCGAGAACGAAAUUGCCGUUUUGAUCGGAACCGGAAUCGGUGUCACACCGUGGGCUUCGAUCUUGAAGAACAUCUGGCAUCUCCGAUCUUGCCCCGACCCCCCUCGUCGACUGCGACGUGUUGAAUUUAUCUGGAUUUGCAAGGACACCUCUUCCUUUGAAUGGUUCCAAGCCCUUCUUUCGUCUUUGGAAUCCCAGUCUGCCAAUACUGCCGCCUACGAGGGCAGCAUCGAGUUCUUGCGGAUUCACACCUACCUGACUCAACGCCUUGAUGAUGAUACAGCCGCAAAUAUCUAUCUUAACUCGGUUGGUCAGGCUCUGGAUCCACUUACAGAGCUGAAAAGUCAGACCAACUUCGGACGUCCAGACUUCAAACGCCUGUUCACUGCUAUGCGUAUCGGCCUUCACGAUCAGACGUAUAUCAGAGGUUUACAAAAUGCAUCGGCCACAGAAAUUGGUGUCUACUUCUGCGGACCGAAUAACGCAGCGCAGGAUAUUAGUUAUGCUGCGAGGGACUCGUCAACGAAACAUGUGAAGUUCAAGUUCUGGAAGGAGCACUUCUAG